CUCUUCUUUGGAGACGAAACGUCUGGCGAUGAUCACGGUCGUGGGAAAUGCUUCUCCAGCAAUGAUAGACCGUCCUUCACUUACUGUUCUUGCUUCUUGGUUCUGACAACAUCUGUUAUUUGCAUCUAACAUGUCUCGAUAGUUGCGCCUAUGCCUUCUCCUCAUAAGAAGCGACCGAUAUCCGAAUUCUUUCGUCCGUACAACACCAGCAAUGUUCCAGCGAAACGCCCUUCUCCCUCUAUCGAUCUGCCACCCGGCAAGAAGAGCCCUAGCAAGCCUCGAUCCCCCACGAGGACACCAAAGUCAGUGAAGAAACAUGGAGAUGACCUUACGACCACCCCACGGGCUUCGUUUUUCUCCCCGGCCGCUGCCCCCGGCUCCACCGCUUCGCUUCCAUACAGAAGUCCUGUCCCAAAGUCGUCCCUGAAGCCUCCGUCAAUAUACAAGAGUGGCUCCCUGUUUGGUGCUUCCCCGCAGGCAGACCAUGCCCAGAACAGACAAAAUCAUUCGUUCCAUUUCCAGGACCUGCCUGGCCCCUCCAAGUCAGUGGCACAGCGACAAGAGCCCAUUGUUAUCCCAGAUUCGGACGAGGACACCGAUUCCCUACUCUCGUUGGCAGACAUAUUCGGCAAACCACAAGACCAGACGUCGCGCUCUUCGUCACCGAAAGUCGAUGAAGACAAAAACGAACUUGAACGAAAGCAGCUCUUGUCCUUGUUCACACGCGGCCGGUCAGACCCUCUGGUGGGAAGGGACAAACUUCGAGAAUUGCAUCGUAAGCAACAAGCUUACAAGUUUGACUUGCAGGGGAUUCUAGACGAUCAUUUUGGCGACGAAGACAACGACAAGACUCUAAAGAAAGCCCAAGACCACUACCACGAAUCCACCAGGCCAAAAGACCACCGAUAUGCAGCGGAAAUGGACCGGGAACUACUGGCAACGGUGGCUCACAAUGGCGACGAUGAUGACCAUGUCAGGAGACUGAUGGACGCUGUGCAAAGAACAGAAGCACUAAAUGCCGAAAGAGUCUUCUCCUUUUUCGGUAACUCUGGUCUGAGUGAUUGGAGAGAUAAAGUCCCGGAUCGCAUGGACUUCCCCUACCAUGCCAUUUCCAAUGGCCUCCGGUCGAAAGAUGAAGAAGACACUCUGUCGACAUCAUUCAUUUCGGGUUACUUGUCAGAGCUGGCUUCAACAGGGAAAUUGGCCCAUGAUGUUUUGAUUUGGACUUUCUACGCCGUUGCGACAGAACCGCGAGAUGAUUUGCGGUACGGAUAUAUUAGCUGUCUCUCGAAUGGAAGUUCGUCCUGGACACGGAACAAUUUGAAAACCUCGGAUGUAUAUGGUAUUUUCAAGACACUAGGCGCAGAUUCAACCAGCCUGGACGAUUCGGACGCAAUCGUCUCAAGACAUCGACAUCUUAAAGAACCCGCAAGACGCGAUCCCAAGUACUUGCUUGCAGUCUUAGACAUGUUUCGAGGGAUUUGUCAAGACAUGGACUUCAUGGUCUUGAGCCAUCUCACCUCCAUUAUUUGUCGGCUUGGCUUGGAUCAAGAAAUGAUGAGUGAUAUGCGGAUCUCUACUGGGGUUGAAGGUCUGCUUGAACAUCUCCUAAGUCUACCAGAUCCUGAUAUGAGGUCACAUGUCAUGGAAAGAGUGCUGGACGAUAUUGGCCAGCAUUUGAAAUCACCGUUGCUUCAGGCCCGACUUCUCGAUCAUAUCCUACCUACAUCGAGCAGCACCAUUAAGAUCCGAAUCCUCCUAGCUCGAACCUUCCUCCUCGGGCCAUUAGCCAUCACCCUGUCGGAACUCAGCCCAACCGAUCUGUCUCUCGAUCCUCUCACCGAACAUAUCACCACAUCUGAAUCAUUCGAGACCUCACGUUCCAAGACCAGCGAUCCUGUAGACUACACUGCACUCAAGGCUCUGACACAUAUCCUCGACAUUGCCAUAUCUGUCGGAGGACGCCCUUCCACUUUUGAAACACGCGCAGAUGAAGUUUCCUUUAAUCGUUCUGUGGAUCGCCUCGCAGAUGCAGUCCGAACAAAAUACAUAUCAAUCGUCGACACUGGAGCUAGUCAUAUGAGUCGGACUGAAGCCAAAGAUCUAUUGCGCAGCUUACACUGGAGAUUGCUGUACAGCGUGCGAACUCAAAUCCGACUCAAAAAGGGUGUCUUUGAUGGAAAUGCAGGCAAGAAUGGAGGAUUUAGAGACGGCGACGAGGUCAGAAGCGAGGAGAGGAGUCGCGGGUUCAUGAAGGGGUUCCUAGAGAAAGUCAAGGCCAAGGGAACCACGAAUCAAGGAGACGAUAAAGUCAAGAUUGAGGAGCUAGACACAGAAACAGAAUCGGAGCCAGAAGCCGAGCCAGAAGGAAACACAGAAGACCAAACAGAAUCAGAUGCGGAUAGUGACGAUCCACUACAUGCAGAAGAAGAAGACGACGUCGUUAACAACCAGAGCGUCAUCUCCACUGCCACAACCACCACCCUAACUAGUGGGAGCACAACUACCACACCAUCUGAAACAGAGAUGGAGAUACGACGACAGUUGGGCUUGACGUGAGGUAUGAGUCAUGCGUGAGAAAUGUAUGAUGUGGAGUGUGCGUUUGAUUGUUAGGCAGAAGUUCGACGAAGGGACGAAUCAAUGCAUAUAAAGAUGCAAGAGAGUUAGAGUCGUGUUGUGGAUGCACCAAUGUGCCAUGCAAUGCAACAUGUCGGAGUAUUUGGUCCUUGAGCAUGGUGUUCAGGGGAAGCGAGUUGUGUUACGGUCUAGCAACUGGGACUAGCAAUGUUAGAAAUCAUCGAUAUCAUUCGAGAUUGGUGUUCUUAUGAGUAUGAGGGAUUCACAGGCACCUGUAGCUGAUGAGAUAAUAUCGAACUCGACCACGGGCACAUCUGAC